AAGUAUUGAUUAAGAUAAGAGGAUUAUUUGACAUGAUUAGUGAAUAUUUAAUUAAAAUAUCAAAACUAUUAUAAAUGAUGAACCAGUUUUAAUAUACAAUUACUAUUUUAGAUUACAGGAUGUAUUGCUUUAAGUGUUGGAAUUUAUGAAAUCACUUAUAGUGAUUAUCAUUUUCUUCGAGGAAAAUAUGAUUUUGGAUUAUUUACUGGAUCUUAUAUGAUAUGUUCAUGUGGGAUAAUUAUUCUAAUAUCUAGUCCAUUUGGUUGGGCUGGGAUCCUGCCAAGAUCAAGAGGUAUAUCAAUAUCAUUUUGUAUUAUUCUGGUACUUAAUGGAAUUUGUCUACUUAGUUGUGGAAUAUGGUCAUCAAAAUAUUCUGAAAAUAUACACAUUGAGCUAAAUGAAAUGUUUGAUAAUUUACUAAAAAAUUAUGAUGAGAAACGUUUAAUGGUGAAUGAUGAAACUAAAUUUCUCAAUUACAUUCAAUAUAAAUUUGAUUGCUGUGGUAAAUUAAAUGUUGAAGAUUUGUUAGAUCGUAAACCAAUUAUUGCAUGUGGAAUGAAACCAAUUGAAAAGAAGGGAUGUUUAACGAAAGUUAUUGGCACGACAAAAUCCGGUCAAUUUCGUAUUGCAUUUGUUAGCAUCUGUUUAGCUAUGUGGCAGUUUUUCGGUAUCAUUAUUUACUCCUUCUUUACUUGUUCAAACUGGAAUAAUCAAAAUCACCAUCAUCAUUUUGAUUAUUAG